UCUAACUGUUGAGGGCGCUUUUGGGUCACGUCCCCGGAAGUAUUACAGCUUUGCGAUUUUAACUCCCCAAGUAACACUGUCACUGAUUCUUUUUUAAAGGGAUGAUAGCAGAAUAUUGAGGACUUCGAUUUAAGUUUUUACAUGGCAGAACCAGGGAUGGCUACAGCGGAAUCAUUGGAACAACUCUUCCCAAUUCACUGGGCAGUGUGGCACAAUGACAUUGGUAAUUUGAGCAGAUUGCUUGAAACAAAACAGGGUGAUAUUGAAGCCAUUGACCCACAUGGCCGGAGCCCACUGCACCUGGCUGUGACCUUAGGUCAUCUAGAGAGUGUACGCAUCCUCCUACGAUACAAUGCACAGGUCAACAUUGAAAACAAGGGUGGCUGGAAUGCUUUACAGGAAGCCAUUAGCACAGGGGAUCCGGAGAUAGUUCAGAUAGUAUUGCAGCAUCGUGACCACCAAAGAGCAACAUCUAGGAUCUCAGGAAUACCAUUGCUGCUGGAAAAACUCAGACAGGCACCUGAUUUUUAUGUGGAGAUGAAGUGGGAGUUUACAAGCUGGGUGCCGUUAAUGUCGCGUAUUUGUCCACAUGAUACCUACCGUGUUUGGAAGAGUGGACCUAAUGUUAGGAUUGACACUACACUCAUUGGAUUUGACAACAUGACAUGGCUAAGGGGAAGUCGUAGCUUCAUCUUCAAGAGUGAAGAUGACCACAAAUUCCAGUUCAUGGAGAUUGAUCAUGACAAGCAGGUCGUCUACGCCGAACUUCUUGAACUUCAACCUCAUCAUGACCUCUCACGUAUGCGACCUGCGGAGGAAGCCAUAGCAACCAGAUUGACCUCCUCCAUCACCAACACUUUCAUUGACACCGAUAAGAUUGAAUUCACAAGGAGCAAAGCAGGUAUAUGGGGCUGGCGACAUGACAAAGUGGAGACCAUCAACAGCUACGAUUGCAAAGUGUUUGCUGCGUCCAACGUCCAGCUGACAACCAAAACAAGAUCGGAACAUCUCACCAGAGAAGACAAGGAGAAAAACAAACAAAGUACCAGUGUGUUUACAUCUCCACUUCAGUCAUUAUUAGGUGUUGCCGAGCAACAGCAGGAAGAAAUAUCAGGUCAAGGGACAGACGAAUUGUCGAUAACCAACCCAGUCAAUCCUACAGACAUCAGGCCAGAGGAAUACUUCAAUGCUGACUUCGAUCUGUCUACCCGAGAUAUCGGCAGACCCAAAGAACUCGCAACUAAAGUACAGAAGUUCCGAGCGACGCUUUGGCUGAGUGAGCACCAUCCCCUCUCACUACAAGAACAGGUCUUGCCUAUUAUUGAUCUAAUGGCUAUCAGUAAUGCCCACUUUGCUAAGCUGAGGGAUUUCAUAACGCUGCAACUCCCCGCUGGAUUCCCUGUCAAAAUUGAAAUUCCCUUAUUCCACAUUUUGAAUGCCUCCAUCACGUUUGGCAAUCUCUACGCUAACCGGGAACCUGUGAACGGGGUUACCAAUGUCGUAGUUGAGGACCUAGCCAAUCCUGAGGCCAAGCAAGACGACAGUACGAGGGACAAUGAUGCAGACAAAGACACAGAUGAGAGUGAGGCCCCCAUGACAGUCUGCUCAGUUGAUCCCUCGGUGUUUGACGUCCCCCAGGGGUAUGGUUUGUACCAGACUGGGGAGGUACGGUAUGGGGAGGAUGAGUUGUUACAGCUGGCCAUACAGCAGAGUCUAAUGGAAGGCAGUAAUGAGGAACAGAUGGCCAUUUUAGAUUCAAUGGGCAGAGAACCAUCGAGACGGAGUGUUGAGGACCAACUGCUUGACAGAGCAAUUCAAGAAAGUUUACUCUGCAGCCGACCAGACGGAGAUGCUCCCUCUGAACCGACCUCUGACCCAGCCUCUGAUGCAAGCUUUGAACCUGUCACCGUGACGGCUAAUUCCAUCCACCCCUCUGACAGGCCUCUCCCAAGGCCACCAGUAGAGGGCCCUGAUCAGCUUGAGCUGGCGCUGCAGCUGUCACAGCAGGAGAUGAUGGAGGCGGAGCAACUGAGGAAACAGGAGGAGGAGGAGCUUGCCAUGAUACUACAGCUGUCACUCACUGAGAAAUGACAUCUCAGAGGACACACCCAUGUGCACAUCUUGGGAAUGGACUCUGCUUAUGGCCUGCUUGAAGUUGCUUUCCCAUAGAUAAGAUGUGCCUCUCCGUCUUGGACAAGGAAUGAGACACUCCUGGGAUUUUGGUAAAAGAAUUGUACGUUACCCCAACAAAAUUGGAAACGUUUGAAUAUGUGACCACACACACAUUAUUGAUCAGAUUUCUGAAUAUACAUUUCUGAAAAUGUAAAUUAUCCUCGAAUUGAACAAUUGAAUGCAAGUAUGUUUUACCCAAGAUUUAUGACUGUUGUACUUGUACUCAAGAAACAUAAGAUCAGGAAUCACAUAUAAGUUUAUGAGAAAUAUUUUCACAUUUUAAAAAAGUUCUUGAAGCCUGAUUUAACUCUGUGUGUAUGGAAUGCCAACAUGUCGGCUUGAAAUACUCCCACUAGAAAAGAUGACUUCUCGACGCCGCAGCAUAUUGUUUUGUUCCGUCUAGGGCUGUGUCAAUAAGCCUCUGCAGUAGUGCUUUAGUCUUGAUGGUUCAUUUUGCACAUCAGCCAACAAAACGUGUGGACAAAUCACAGAGGACUUUUUUUACCACAAAUGCCAUGGAUGUAUUUAUUCAUUCCCUCCCCAUUUAUAAUUUUAAUUAUGUCUGUAUAUAAUAUGUACAGUGUGUAUUAUCAGAUUAUAGUCUUACUAGAUACGUUUACCAAAACCCUGAAAUUUGUUUUGUUAAUCAAAUAUACAUAUAAAUGUCAUGGAAGUUGUGAUUGGAUUCAUAUGUGUAAGGCAUGCAGAUAAUUUUUGUCCAGAAUGUUUACAAUAAAAAAGUACAUUUUUUUUAUCAUUUCUAGAUGGGUUCUUUUGUUGUAGUUUAGCAAGUUUACAUGUUGUCAUUAGGAGUUACAUGAGCUUUGACUUCAAUAAUGAAAACGAUUAUGAGUUUUCAUUUUUUAGAUCCGUAAACUUGUGCAAAUUAAGAGAGAGUAUAAACAGUUCCUAUUUCGUUUUCCUUGCUGGUGCUCUGUUGAAGUACAUUGUGCAUGAAUAAUAUUGGUCUUUUUUCCGUCUUUCGUGUUCACAGAAAAUCUAGGCUCAGUAAUGGCUUAGACAAUGAACUGAAUAUGUUGUUCAGUAUUUUUAACAUUUGGUUGUAAUUUCUGUCCUAUCCUUCUAGCUGUUUUAUAAGUUUUGCCUCACUUGAUCUAUAACGUUCACUUUUGGAACCCACAUAAAAUGGGUGCCAUUCCAAAGAUGUAAACAUUUUUUGUCUUUUUGUCCAUGUUAGAGCCAUUGGUAUAUAUUUUCAUUAGUUGUCAUGAGUACAUUUUAUGGCAAUUUCCUUGAAAGACCUUUAAAGAUACUUCACAGUUCAUUUUAUUAAUUCUAGAUCAUUGAAAAUUUAGUGUGUCACUUAUCGACUGUCUAGAUCUGUUGUUGUACUUUGAUGCUGUUAGAGCUCUGCUGGAUAUGUGGGUCCAAGAUGGGGGCAAAUAAUGGCAACAUUAUCUAUCAUUGCGAAGUAAGCCAAGACAUUUGCUAAGCACAGAAUCUACUUGCUUAGCAAUAGCAGGUUACCAGCCAAAGAGUCAUAUUGCUUUGGAUUGAUUCUUAGCCGAGUUUUGCUUCAAUAGCAGACAAAUUGAGUAACUUCUAUAAAAGUUACUGGAUAGGUUACUACAUUUCCUAUAUAUCCUAGCUCCAUGAAGCUGGUACAUGGGGGACCUGGCACACAUCUACGUUUAUGUGUAAAUGUUUCCAAAGUAGAAGUUUAAAGUUUACCAUUUACAAAAUAGUAAGGGUAUUUAGAAACAAGGUGUAUUGUGUCCACUGUGUGACCCAUUGUUCUCAUUUCUUAAACAUUGCACUUGUUAUUGUUACAGCGCCCUCUUGUGAUUGAGCUCAAGAGCUAUUCAUGAGCAGACUGCAUGAUAAAUGUACGUUGGACUUGCCAAUUCUGUCAAAAUUUAAAAGUCAAGUUUUGUUUUAAGAACAGAACGACUAUUUGAUCCUGGAUCAGUGGAAAGCUGUCACUUUCCGUCCUUGGACAUGAAUCCAAUUGGAUUGAUAAAUGCAACCACAAUGUAGUUGCAAAAUAAGCAGCAAGAAUUGAGAAGAUAGUCACAGGAAAUUGCAGGCAAAUGUAUUUGUACACAUUUUAUGUGAUGUCAUUUUGACCCUCAUGUUAGUACACGUUACACAUUAAAGAUCUUUGAAUAUUUGUGCUGGUAGUACAUGUACAUACAUGAAUAUGGAGGUUUUUUGUCGGUCUUCUGUUAAACAUUUAAGUGUUAGAGGUUAUCAUUGGUUACCCUAACGGGAUGGUUCUGCAAUACGACUUGGGUCAAAAGUAGAUCUGCGCCAUGAACUUUGAAUGGUUCCAUAAUAAUUUGCACCAUGACAGCAGGGAGCCCUACAAAGAUGAUACCAUUGUGAAAAAGUUUGUGGUACAUGUGUUUGAAAGUCUUACCCAAUAGUGAGGUCUUGCCAUAUCGACUCUAAAUCAGCUGUAGAAAGUUUAUGCCUGCAUUACGUGCAAGAUGUGACAUUUUUCUGUGAAAUGAGUUAUUGAAAUUGUUGAUUGAAACUUUUGAUUUGCAAGACUGUAUCUUGCAUGGAACUUAUUUAUACAUGUCACUGAAUAGAAUGGAUUCGAGUAUUAAUGGUUGUAUGAUAUUGAAUGUAAAUCUAUCUCCAUCAAGGAUAUAAAAACCACCAGAUAAAUGGAA